UGAUUUGAUUUGGUGUGUAUAAGGCCCUUCAAAAUUCCUUACCAGUUCGGGAGAGAUGCCGAACGCCGCCAUGGCCGGAACCAAGUUCUCGUCGUACCACCUCGCCGCAGCGCUCCGCCGCGAGCGCGACCCCUCCGCCGCGCUGCGCCUCUUCCUCAACCCGCCGGCCACCCCUGUUUCCACCCCGUUCCGCUACUCCCUCCGCUGCUACGACCUCAUCAUCUCCAAGCUCGCCGCCGCGCGCCAGUUCCCGGCCAUGGAGGCCCUCCUCUCCAGCCUCCGCGCCUCCUCCCUCCAGCCCCGCGAGCCCCUGCUCCGCUGCGUCAUAUCCGCCUACGGCCGCGCCCGCCUCCCCGCCGCCGCCCGCCGCGCCUUCGCCCACCCCGCCUUCCCCGGCCCCCGCACCACCCGCGCCCUCAACGCCCUCCUCCACGCCCUCGCCGUCUGCAGCACGCCCCUCGCCGAGCUCCUCUCCGUCUGCCGGGACGCCGCCAUCCCUCCGGACGCGUGCACCUACAACAUCCUCAUGCGCGCGUCUGGUGGCUCCAUCGACCACGUCCGCCUCCUGUUCGACGAAAUGCUGCAGCGGCGGAUCGCCCCCACCGUCGUCACGUUUGGCACCCUGGUCGCCGCGUUUUGCGAUUGUGGCCGGCUCGAGGAGGCGUUCGACGUCAAGGACGCCAUGGCUAAGCAGUACAAUGUGAGGCCAAAUGCUCAUGUGUAUGCCAGUUUGAUGAAGGGGCUCUGUCAGAGGGGGGAUGUGGACAAGGCGGUCAGGCUCAAGGAGGAGAUGGUGGCGAGCGCAGAUCUUGGACUGGAUUCCGCCAUUUACGCGACCUUGGUUAGGGCGUUGUUUAGGGGUGGCCGGAAAGGGGAAGUGGUUGGUUUGCUGGAAGAGAUGAAGCGAAGGGACAUUCAGGCUGAUAGGGUGGCGCACAAUGCAAUGAUCGCAGGUUUCUGCGAGGAUGAGGGCGAUCUAGAUGCUGCAUUCACGGUGCUGGAUGACAUGCAGAAAAGUGGGUGCAAGGCAGAUGCAGUUAGUUAUAACACAUUGGUUGCUGGGCUGUGCAAGUUGGGGCGGUGGCGGGACGCAAAUGAGUUGGUUGAGGACAUGCCUAGAAGGGGCUGCCCUCCUGAUGUGGUGACGUACAGAAUGCUCUUUGAUGGGAUGUGUGUUGCCGGGGCGUUCCAUGAAGCAGAUCAGGUUUUGGAUGAGAUGACUUUUAAGGGUUUUGCGCCAAGCAAGGAUGGCGUGACCAAGUUCAUUCAGGGAAUUGAGAGGGAAGGGGAUGCAGUGUUGCUAGAGUCAGUGUUGUGCCGUCUGGCAAAGGUGAACGCUUUGGAGUCAACUGCAUGGGAGAAAGCUGUCACCAGUGCGCUGAAUGAUCCUGCAGAGCUUAUGAUAGAGAAACAUCUGGAUAAUUUAAGAUUCAAUUGACUGGAUCUCUGGAUACUUGAUUAACAUGGUUGUUGUUUUGAAAGUAUGAUUGUGCUGUUUUAUCUACUAAGCUACCACUAUGUUGUAUUGCUAGCCAAGGCUACCUAUCACGUUUUCCUACACAAUUCAGGGUGGAUGUAGUGCGCAGAUGGGAGUAUAUUGGCAAUACAAAUGCUUCAUACAAGGUUAUAGAAACCCUAGAGAAGGUAUAUAGUUUCUUAGGAUCCUCUGAAUAAUGGCAUGCUUAUGAAGAUAAUGUUGUUUUUGACAUCUUGUUCUUUUAUUGAAUCACAUGUGACAUUGUGCUCUUCUAAAUACCCUUUGACAUUUCCACAGGAUUUGUAUACAGUUUCCCUACACUACAGGAACUCCAUGUGAACAAAUAUGUAUAGAAGCUAGCAGAAGACACAACAAUAGUUUUCCCUAAAAUAACACAUUUUAUGGCUACACAUUAAUUAGGGGGGUAUUUACAAGAAUUAGCAAAUGCCAGAAAGAGUGAAGAUAUUGGAGAAAAGACUUUACAAGUGCAACAGUCGUAUGGCUAUCUUAUCAAUUUCUAUGCCUUUCAAAACUGAAGUAUUCAGUUGGAAACUGAUGUAGUGAGUACAUGUUUACCGCUUCCAUCUCCUGUGCCUUAUGCCACACAAAAUCAGCUCUGUUAGCAGUAGUUCGCAGUCGGAGCCUGGACUUGACAGUCUCUCCCGUUUAUCUUUGAAAACUCAGGUGUCAUCAUGAAGGUUGUUUUUUUAGGGAUAGAUUUCCUGAACGACAGAAAACCUCAAAGCUUCUGAUAUUUUUGUUGAUAUGGCUAGAAAGAAAUAAAUGAAUCUUCAGGCAAGUGGAGCACUCCUUUCCCUGACUGCCGGCAUCUAGGAAGAAGUUCCUGCUUGGAAGGAGGUUCGCCAGUUAAUGCGUAGUUUAGAACUUUAUUUUCCUGCCUUUAGUCCAUCAACAACCUCCAUUCGUUGAACGAAAAUCUAGCACUUGUUCACAUAAAAAAGGAACUAUUUGUUUGGCAUAGAACCAAACCAAGUUUUGUUUCACUCCAGUUUAAACCAUUUUUCUUAGUCAUCCUGGUGUUCGGCAUACAAAUUCUUGUGAUUAUCAGAUAUGCAAACUUUUCAUAGUUGAUUUCCAGCUUCCAAUUUUCAUUCUCUUUUAGUCAUACAAUCUACAUGUAAAAUAAAAUCAGUACUGCAUUAAGGUAUGUAUCAUUGGUAAAUGAUAAAUUAAUAUGCUGCACCAUUAGCAUGUAAUUGGAUCAUUAGUCUUUGGUGCAAAGUAUGCCAUGACGUCUAGGGCCAUUUUGUUUGGACUCAAAUGAAUGCCAUGAGCUUACGAUGCUUUUAAUUGUCACUUUCAUUAACUCCUUAGUUGAUUCUUUCACUUGUUUAGUAUUUCGUAUUAAUGGAAAUACGAGGUUGGCAAGCAAUACUGUAGACAUGCUUGUAAUUUUUUUCUUUGUGUGUUGGUUCUAAGAAUAUGUCCUAUUCCAGCCUAUCGGAAACUUGCUCGGAGCUAUCAUCCUGAUGUAAACUAUUGCUACCGACCAUCUAAAGGACGCUGGAGAUACGGUUUGAACUCUGAAAGUUGACUUCAUCCGGGAAGAGAAAUGGGCGGUCGGUUCAGAAGUUGCAUGUCUAAAGUCAUCGUGCUGAAGCUCCUUCUAUUUUUUUUUCACAAGUGAACUGAAACUAUUCCCAAUCCAAAACACGUCAGGCUAACUACCCAGAUCUGGUGAGGCACAAAGGACGGCAAGAACAAUGGCGGACAGAAGAG